ACCACAAGUAUUAAUUAGCUCUCCCACAGAAACAUGUACACAGAGCCACGUGGUUGCUUUUAUAUGCUCUGAAGAAAGAAGAAACAUAAUACAAUGGGGAGACUUAACGUUGCCCUCCUGCGCUACCUCACCAAGGAAGAUUUCAGAGUACUCACAGCUGUUGAGAUGGGUAUGAAGAAUCACGAAGUGGUCCCUGCCAACCUGGUAGCCUCGAUAGCCGGUCUCAAACAUGGUGGCUGUCAUAAAGUCCUACGACAGCUAGUACAGCAUAAACUAGUGUGUUACGAGCACAAGAAAGUGUGUGGAUACCGACUGACAUUCACUGGCUAUGACUACUUGGCCCUGAAAGUGUUUGCUGUACGAGACAUACUCUACUCCGUAGGCAACCAGAUCGGAGUGGGCAAAGAAGCAGAUAUCUACAUCGUGGCUAAUGAGAAAGGGGAGCAGUUUGCACUAAAAAUACACAGACUGGGUCGUACUUCGUUCCGUAAGCUCAAGGAGAAGAGGGACUACCACCAGCACAGAGGGUAUGCCUCGUGGAUAUACCUCUCCCGUCUGGCCGCCAUGAAGGAGUACGCCUACAUGAAGGCACUGUAUGAUCACAGCUUCCCUGUGCCCUGUCCCGUGGACUUCAACAGACACUGUGUAGUGAUGCAGCUCCAUGGUGGCCACCCUCUCUCCCAGGUGAACAGCGUGGCCGACCCCUCUGCCCUCUAUAGCGUACUGAUGGAGCUGAUCGUACAGCUGGCUGGCUACGGACUCAUACACUGCGACUUUAACGAGUUCAACAUCCUGAUUGACGAUAAGGACGUCCCCACAGUUAUUGAUUUCCCCCAAAUGGUCUCCACUUCCCACUCCAACGCUAUGUGGUAUUUUGAUCGAGAUGUCCAGUGCAUUCGCGACUUUUUCAAGAGAAAAUUCUCCUAUGAGAGUCACCUGUUUCCCUCGUUCUCUGAUAUAGUGCCAACAGAGAGUCUGGAUACUGCAGUCUCAGCCAGUGGCUUUUCAAGAGAUAUGCAGGAGAGCCUUGAGCAAGCAACGUUGCUCACAGACACUGAAGUGUGUGAGGUUGAGAGUAGUAACCUUGACAACAGUGAAAACAAGGCCAGCACUACUGGACAAUGUUUAGAGCCACCC